CGAGAGCUGAGGCGCCUUCAUUCAUGAGCAAACUGAGAGGUGGAUCCUGCGCUGCCGUUUGAUUUCACUGACACACUCACUAUUACAUUGGACAAUGCUGCGAGUCAGAUGUCUGAGAGGAGGUAGCAGGGGGGCCGAGGCUGCCCAUCUGAUCGGAGCCAUGUUUGGCCGGGCGGUGACUGGAUGGGCGCAGAGGGCUUUCCAGAGCACUUCAAGCGCAGCGGCUGCACAGCCACAACAUGCAGUUGAUGAGGAACAUGUUACUGAGCCUGUGCAGCAGGAGUGUCCUGUCUGCAGCUACAAUGAAUGGGACCCUCUUGAGGAGGUGAUUGUGGGUCGUGCUGAAAACGCCCAUGUGCCUCCCUUCACUGUGGAAGUGAAAGCUAACACAUAUGAGAAGUAUUGGCCCUUCUACCAGAAGCAUGGGGGCCAGUCUUUUCCUGCGGACCACUUGAAAAAAGCUGUUGCUGAGAUUGAAGAAAUGUGCAAUAUUUUGAGUCACGAGGGCGUCAUUGUGAGGAGGCCAGAACCCAUCGACUGGUCCAUAGAAUACAAAACUCCAGAUUUCACAUCAUCAGGCAUGUAUGCUGCCAUGCCCAGAGACAUCCUUAUGGUUGUGGGAAAUGAGAUUAUUGAGGCUCCUAUGGCCUGGAGAUCUCGUUUCUUUGAGUACCGGGCCUACAGACCUCUGAUCAAGGAAUACUUCAGAAAAGGUGCUAAAUGGACCACUGCUCCCAAACCCACUAUGGCUGAUGAGCUGUAUGAUCAGGACUACCCCAUCCGCACAGUGGAGGACAGACACAAGCUGGCUGCCGAGGGGAAGUUUGUGACGACGGAGCACGAGCCCUGCUUUGAUGCUGCUGAUUUUAUUCGAGCUGGGAGGGACCUUUUUGUCCAGAGGAGUCAGGUUACAAAUUACAUGGGAAUUGAAUGGAUGCGUCGUCAUCUGGCCCCAGACUACAAGAUCCACAUAAUCUCAUUCAAGGAUCCUAACCCCAUGCACAUCGAUGCCACUUUUAACAUCAUUGGGCCUGGACUGGUGCUGUCAAACCCUGACCGCCCAUGUCGCCAGAUUGACAUGUUCAAGAAGGCCGGCUGGACAAUCGUGAAACCUCCAACACCUUUGAUCUCUGAUGAUCACCCACUGUGGAUGUCCUCCAAAUGGCUGUCCAUGAAUGUCCUGAUGCUGGAUGAGAAGCGUGUAAUGGUUGAAGCCAAUGAAACCACCAUUCAAAAAAUGUUUGAGAACCUCGGUAUCAAGACCAUAAAGGUGAACAUUCGCCAUGCCAACUCCCUGGGUGGUGGCUUCCACUGCUGGACAACUGAUGUCCGCCGCCGCGGUACCCUGCAGUCCUACUUCCACUAGCCUUGCCAGAAAUAGGCAGUUUUUAUUGAGUUUUGAAGAUUAAAGCCUCAGUCCGGAUUCCUAAUUCCACUGUAAUGGUGAAAAUGUAUUGUUAGUCUAUCAUGUAUGUAAACCCAAGUUAAUGAAGGGGAAGAGCUUUUUUGAUGCCAAAAUCUACCGUUUCCAAAUUUCAAAACCUAUUUUUAAAAGUAUGUACAUUUGAAAUUUGUAAAUUCAGGUAUCAUCUGUUCUGUGCAACUCAAAUAAAAAACAAACCAAUGGACAGUGUUAUCUUCAAACCUGUAUGAAACAAAUUAAUAAUGGGGCAAUCUUAUCAUGACAGGUGGCACUAAAGUCCUUUUCCGGAUGGAGCCUUAAUGUCUUAAAUGAACAUGUAUGAAUUGUUUUGAUUUGACAUCGCUGUGCAUUACAGUGCCUUUGCAAACAGCUUUGUUCAGAUAUGUAUAUGCUCAAUAGUAACAAAUGAACAUCACUUUAUUACAGUCAGUAAUCUCAAUAUUAACUGCAUUUCUGGCCUGGCUAUUGUGAAGCUGAAGUGUUUAUGACUUAUACAUCUGAAAAGUCAUAGCUUUGAGGACAAGGUGCAAUUUGGUAUGUGAAUGUCAUCAAACUAGGGCACAGGAGGAGAUAAGUUACCUCCUCAUGAAAACUCAGACAAGAGAAUUCUAUCUUUUUCCAAAGUAUUUUUUUUUUAUUAAAGAAUUGUAUAAAAGUUGUUACGUAGGUCAUUAAACAAUAUUAAUUUCUUAUCGCUAGUAUAUUAUUUUGUAAAGAUUUUAAUUAAUUGAACAGACAAACGUCUAUUUAUAUUUUUCUUACUCUUUAUUGGAUUUCCCGCCAAUUAGUGUUUUUAUAUAUUUACUUAAAAAGUAUGCGGUCCAUAUCAGAUAUUGUAAACCUUUUGCCUCUGUUGUUUUCUCCUAUUGCAAAUCUGGGCCAGUUAUAUGCUACUUAGUCAUUCUCACUGAACUGCUUGGCUGCUUUUGUGUGCAAAGCAAAAAUGCCUAUGGAAUAAAAGACAUUUUGUUGUGAAGAUUUAUGUUUUAUGAUCCCUUUGCUGCAUAUACAGUUGGGUAUAGAUGUUUUAAGUCUGCCUUGAUAUUAAUUUCGAAAUAAAUAUCAAGGCAGACUUAACAGAGCCAGACUUAACAGCGCCAUAACUUCAUGUUAUGGCUCAGCAGAGGAAUGCAAGUGAUGUUUUGUAUAAUGCAACAUUAAUAAAUGUAAUUAAAAAGA